UUUGGCAACAAGCUGCUGGGCGCCUCUCCUCACACUUUUCCUCCUUAGUUGCGGUCGGCGGUGUGUUUAGGGGACGUCGCCUGAUAGAAGCGUCGUUACUCGGUUUAGUUCCGUUCGCCUCAUCCUUUUCGAGGUGUUUAGUCACCUGGAGCCGCUGCUUCUUUAUCUGCCGGGCCGGCGCGGACAACUUAGAGUUGGGGGAUGGACGAGCUGCGGCCUAGCGGCGUCCCAGCGCCCCCGCCUUUCCCAACAAUUUUCCCACCUGGGCUACACGCUAUAUACGGCGAGUGUCGGAGGCUGUACCCGGAGCAGCCUAACCCCUUGCAGGUCACCGCUAUCGUGAAAUACUGGUUGGGUGGACCAGACCCGUUAGAUUAUGUGAGCAUGUACAGGAGUCUCGGCAGUCCCGCACGUGGAGUCCCCGAACAUUGGCAUUACGUCAGUUUUGGUCUGAGUGACUUGUACGGGGACAACAGAGUACACGAAUACACAGGAGCUGAGGGUCCAAGCGGAUUUGGCUUUGAGCUGACAUUCAGACUAAAAAGAGAGGCGGAAGAAUCGGCUCCACCAACAUGGCCGGCGGAGCUUAUGCAAGGCCUGGCGAGAUACGUCUUCCAGUCCGAAAACACAUUUUGCAGCGGAGAUCAUGUUUCGUGGCACAGUCCUCUGGACAACAGCGAGUCUCGUAUCCAACACAUGCUGCUCACAGAAGAUCCGCAGAUGCAGCCCGUGCAGACCCCGUUUGGAAUGGUCUCGUUUUUACAGAUAGUUGGCAUAUGCACGGAGGAGUUACAUGCCGCGCAGCAGUGGAAUGGCCAGGGAAUUCUUGAGCUUCUGCGAAAUGUGCCUGUUGCGGGCGGACCCUGGUUAAUAACAGAUAUGCGAAGAGGAGAAACCAUCUUUGAAAUCGAUCCGCAUUUACAACAGGAGCGAGUGGAUAAAGGCAUUGAGAAUGAAGGCUCAAACUUAAGUGGCGUAAGCGCAAAAUGUGCAUGGGAUGAUCUGAGCCGCCCUCCCGAGGAUGAAGAUGACAGCAGAAGCAUUUGUAUCGGGACACAGCCACGGCGACUCUCCGGCAAGGAUACAGAGCAAAUCCGAGAAGCAUUAAGGAGAGGCCUGGAAAUAAACAGCAAACCUGUUCUACCUCCGAUAAAUUCACAGAGACAAAAUGGCAUGAAUCACGACCGAGCGCCGAGCCGUAAAGAUAGUUUGGAAAGUGAAAGCUCUGCGGCCAUCAUCCCCCACGAGCUCGUACGCACGAGGCAGCUGGAGAGCGUGCACCUCAAGUUUAACCUGGAGUCCGGAACGCUCAUUCCUCUCUGCUUAAGGGGAAGACUCUUGCAUGGACGGCACUUUACAUAUAAAAGUAUUACUGGAGACACGGCAAUCACAUUUGUGUCCACAGGGGUAGAAGGAGCCUUCGCUACAGAGGAGAAUCCAUAUGCUGCACACGGGCCUUGGCUUCAAAUUUUGUUGACCGAGGAGCUGGUGGAAAAAAUGCUGGAAGACUUGGAAGAUCUCAGAUCUCCGGAGGAACUGAAACUUCCGAAGGAAUACAGCUGGCCGGGAAAGAAGCUGAAAAUCUCCAUUCUACCGGACACAGUGUUCGAUAACCCGUUGCAUUAACGCCAGGGAAACGUGGACGCGUCUUCCUGAGAUAUGGGAGAGACAAGAUGCACUUUCCCUUAUUCAGCACGGAUAUUGCUGUAUAAAAAAAAGAAAAAAGCCAAAGGAUAGCAGCGUAACUGCGCGAGCGCAGCACCGAGAGACUGCCGUACACAGAAACGUCUGCCGUUUAUACUUAUUGAGCGACCGGUGCCUGAGUGCACUCCAACCCCAAUACUAAAGGGACGGGACACGGAACAUUGUUCCUCCUGCUGGCACGACCCGAGGCGGCACGUUUUAUUUCUGCCGAUAAGUUUCAUCGCGUCAUACUACACGGGGGGCUUUGUGAUCGCUCGCAGAUUUCCUCGAGACUCCGAAACAACGUACUACAGAAAUGUUUGUUUCCACGCUAUCCCUCCCCACGGUCUCCUGUAUCUCGUAUGCUGUUCGUAUUAGGUCAGCGGCUGGCGUAUUUUAGCAGUAUUCCUCCACAAAGUGUUUUAACCUAUUUUAGGAUUAUUUAUUUCCUUUAAAAAAAAAUACACUGUUCCCAAUGUUUUAAUCGCCCCUCUGGCUGCGGAUUACCUUUACAGCUGCAACGAAAACUAACUUUAGUUGAAAAAUGAAAUCAGUGGAUUUUUAGGGCAAAUUUAUCCCCCCCCCCACUUAUUAGCCGUCCUCUUCACUUCCAAGACAUUGGAUUAAAAAUAAUCCAUUACUGUUAGGAUAUGUAAAACGUUCACCGCUUGCUUAUCACCUUUGCAUUCCUAUGGCUUGGUUUUAGUAAUAUUUUAUUUGAGAAUGCACUGUAACGUUAAGGAAUAACAAAAGGACGACUAUUUGGGACAAAA